UAAAUCAAAUGCUUCUAUAUGAAGAACCCGAGACCGCACUAAAUCCCUAAAUUCACCUCUUCUGAAUCUGAUCAAAUCCUUCAUUGAUUCUCUUCUCUUUCUCUUCGCCACCGCCUCGCCUGCGUCGUCCUGUCGGAUAGUCGGAGUCUAGUCCUCAACGGGAUUUCAGUUACAAUUAGAGGAACCGAGAACCGAGAACCGAUUGGUUAGUGGACUAAGCGAAACCUUCUUGGUUCGGCAACUUCCCUUGGUCGGUUAACUGACACGUUGGUUCGGUUACCCAUGCCCAUGCUAAUUGUUCUUAAAUAAAAGCUCAUUAAAGAGUUCUUGUAACGGAAAAACAUUCGAAAAUGCUACAAAGUAUUCCCCACCAGAUUGUGCAGUCCCCAGCCAGGUUAGGCCUGCCAAACCCCAACUCUCCGUCUCUUCAGAACCCCAACCCACCUAAAUUCUCGUCUCAAAACUCACAAACUCAACAGUCCCACCAGCCACUGAAUCAGUUAACAACUCCUGGUGUAUCAUCAACUCUGCUCCCUCUCUUACCACCUCUCCCCAGAGCUCAAUCUCUUCUCCUUCAAAUGGCAUCUCUUGCUUCUAAACUGUUUGAAGUCUCACCCAAUCGCCCACAUUGGAUCAGUGCAUUUCGAGGUUCCCUGCCUUCUUUCCUGUCUCCACAAGCACAGUCCUCAACACCUGCCCAGGCAGACUCUGUUCCCUCUUCUGCCAAAGAUAUCAUCGCCCAAUUCACAACCCUUCAGACUCAGCUCUUUGAAGCCGUUGCUGAACUCCAGGAGAUACUUGAUCUUCAAGAUGCUAAACAGAAGCUCACCCGCGACAUCAGGUCCAAAGAUGCUUCUCUUCUUGCAUUUGCUAACAAACUUAAGGACACCGAACAUGUUCUUGACAUGCUUGUUGAUGAUUAUUCCGACUACCGUCGCCCUAAAAGAACCAAGUCAGUGGAUGAUGCAGACAAUUCCUCCAAAACUACAGUUGAGACUCAGCUCAAACUAUCAGAUAUACUCUCCUAUGCACAUAAAAUUAGCUACACUACCUUUGCACCUCCAGAAUUCGGUGCUGGGCAAGGUCCUCUCCGUGGAGCACUCCCUCCCGCGCCACAAGAUGAGCAGAUGCGCGCAUCACAGUUAUAUAACUUCGCUGAUCUGGACAUUGGGUUGCCCAAAGCAGAAGAAGGUAAAGAGAAAAUCAUCGAAGCACUCAUUGAAACCUCUGCUGCACCACCUGCGGAAAGCAACCCACUGGCAAGCUUAUCAGCAAUCCAAGGCUUGAACCCUUCUACUCUAGUUGUGCCACCGGGAUGGAAACCUGGUAUGCCUGUGGAAUUGCCUAUUGAUCUAUCAGCGCUACCUCCUCCACCCCCCGGGUGGAAGCCUGGUGACCCAUUGCCCCAAUUGGAUGCUCUCCCUCUUCCACCAAGAGUCGAGGAACAGCCGAGGCCUGGCCCUCCUCCUGGUCUGGUGAAAGCUCCGGAGCCUAUUCAGGUACGGCACGUGCAGCUUGAUAUUGAAGAUGACAGCGGUGAAGAUUUUAGCAGUGAUGACGCCAGCUCUGGUAGUGAAGAUUGAUGGUUGAUUGGAGCUAUGGAAAUUGGUAUUUGUAUCAUUUAUGCUCCAAGCUUUAGAUGGUUUAAUCUUCUCCAUUUUUCUAUCAGUUGCUCAGGAGUGUGGUUAAUUGUACUCUUGUAUCUGUACCACUUUGUAGUGGAUUCAAUGUUUAUUGCUCAGAUGUUUAUAUAUGGGUGAUGAAGUUUGAUAUGUCA